AUGGCCAACAUAGGCGAGGUGGCGAAUCAUCUGGAUGAGUUCUGGUCCCAUAGCUGGCGCACCAGGGCCUUGCUAAAGUAUGUCAACGUCCUCUUCCUGAACAAUGGCUUUCCGGCGUUUGUGGUUGCCACUCUUUGUGCCCUGGGGGCUUUCUCCCUCACCUUGUCAGGCAUCGUGCCAAUACAUCACGCUGACGGUGAGGAAGUCGCAUUCCUUGAUAUCGCCUGCAUCAGCCAGACUGACGACGAGCUGAAGGGUGUCGGCCUGAUUAGCAUGGGUGCUUUUCUGAGAUGUUCGAAGUCGCUACUAAUCCUCUGGGAUGAGACAUGGAUCACGAGAUUGUGGUGCGUAUUCGACGGUAGCGCAAUUGUGUGUGACCGCCUCGUCAUCCUUCGUUGCAUUCGUGCUUGGUUCGGCUCUGUGGCCAACUUCCAGUCCCUCGUUCGGACCCGGCUUUUGCAAGUUUUGGUAUACCAGCUUGCAAAUCAGGCAUUCUCAUAUUGGCGCAUCGUGCAGGCGGGAAGCCCAGUUGCAUUUGCCAUAUUGGACCUGCUUCACUGGGACCAUCCGGACAAGCUCGCAAAUGCGCUGGAGGCGACGCUUGCAUCUGCAACAUAUCUCCUCUGUCUGCUUCCAAGUGUGUCUCUGCUUCUACUUCGCCUGGCUUUCAGAGUACGCAACCUUGGACAAAGCUGGUGGGCGCAGUGGCUGCUUUCUGCUGCGCUCGUGGCCGCAACUGCAUCGUCGUUGGCACACAUUUUCCAGGUAGGGUCGCUGCUUUAUGUGGGCUACGCCUGGGGCGAAGUCGCUCUUCGCGCGCUUUCGUCCGAUAAGUUUGGGAACUGGGUGCCUGCGAACCUGGCGCUGCUCAUAGUGAUGGGUACAGCCACCGCGGUUCUGUGGAGGCUCAUGCCUGCGAUUGAGAUCUCCCAAGAUCCCACGGGGGGAUCAGAACCUGACUCAACCACAGCUCCACCUGUAACGAAGCUCCACGUAACGAGUCUGUGA